AUGAGUUGGUGGUAUAAUGCUCUUUUGAUCGCUGUGCUUGUGGUUUCUUGGUGGGUGUUCAAGAGAUGGAACAAACCAGCUGUAAGGCCACCAUUACCACCAGGACCUAGAGGCUUACCUUUAAUUGGAAACCUUCCAUUCCUAGAAGCUGAUCUCCACCGUUGCUUUGCCAAAUUAUCCCAAAUCUAUGGUCCCAUCAUGAAAAUCCAAUUGGGUCCCAAACUAUGUGUAGUAUUAACUUCACCUCCUUUAGCCAAACAAAUCCUUAAAGAUCAAGAUUCAAUAUUUGCAAACCGUGAUCCACCUCUUGUAGCUGCAACCAUGACUUACGGUGGCAUUGAUAUUGUGUGGAGCCCUCAAGGUCCACAAUGGCGUAUGAUGCGUAAGGUCUUUUCUCAUGAAAUUAUGAGUAACGAAAGCCUUCAAGCUUGUUACAGUCUUAGGCGACAAGAGGUUCAGAAAAUGUUGAAAAAGGUGUAUUCUAAGAUUGGAAAACCUAUUAAUAUUGGUGAGGUUGUGUUCCUCACAAUGCUUUACUUGGUUAUGAGCAUGUUGUGGGGUGACACAUUACAAAGAGAUGAGAUGAUUAGAAUUGGGGGAGAGAUCCGAAAGGUGAUGCGUGAAAUGAUUGGAUUGGUAAUGAAACCUAACAUUUCAGAUUUCUUUCCAAUUCUUGCUUCACUUGAUUUACAAGGGAUUGAAAGAAAAGGGAAGAAGGUGUCGUCACGGUUGGAUCAGAUCAUUGAUUCCGUUAUAAACCAACGGCUUCAAAUGGAUAAGGAAGAAGGUGAUCAAGGAGCUUAUGAAAAGAAAGAAAGAAAGGAUUUUCUACAGUUCCUCUUGGACCUUAAGGAGAGAGAUGGCGAAGAAUCAUUCUUGACCAAGAUACAACUUAAGGCUUUGCUACAGGAUAUUAUCGGAGCUGGGACAGAUACAACAUCAGUUAUAGUAGAGUGGGCAAUGGCAGAAAUGAUGCAAUGUCCAGAGAUAAUGAGAAAAACCCAAGAAGAAUUGAAGCAAGUAGUUGGGUUGGACAACAUAGUAGAAGAGUCUCACUUGCCCAAAUUGUCAUAUUUAAAUGCGUUGGUGAAAGAGUCUCUCAGGUUACACCCACCCCUCCCACUCAUGGUCUCGCAUUGCCCAAGUCAAUCUUGCAUAGUAGGAGGGUAUACCAUUCCGAAAGGUACUAAUGUCUUUGUAAAUGUGUGGGCAAUGCAUAGGGACCCUAAUGAAUGGGAGAAUCCCUUAACAUUCUCACCUGAGAGGUUCUUAAGUGAUGGUAACAACUAUGAUUACAAAGGAAACAACUUCAAUUACCUUCCUUUUGGCUCUGGAAGAAGGAUGUGUGCAGGAAUCCCCCUAGUAGAAAAGAUGUCGGUUUAUGUCUUAGCUUCUCUUUUGCAUUCAUUCAAGUGGCAAUUACCUGAUGAUGUAAAGCUUGAUCUCUCAGAAGAAUUUGGGAUUGUUUUGAAGAAAACAACACCACUUGUUAUCACCCCAACUCCAAGAUUAUCCAAUGUAAAGCUCUACUCUUGAAAAUGGAGGAUUAUCUAUUG